UGGUUGGCAAAACACGUGCCGCAAGAACAAGCAUGUAGAGAAUCUCGAAUACUCUAUUACUCAUCGCCACCGCCACCGCCACCGCCACACGUGUAACCAUUGGCGUGUGUACUGCAUCACGUUUUAGCACCCCUCCAAACCUUAUUUAAACUCUCAAGAGAUCCAACCUCUAGCUUUCAACUUGAAACAAAACUCCAUCGAGAAAGAAAAUGGAUGCUAUGUCUCAAACCUGCACAAAGAUUAUUACAAACCGAUCUCUGAGUGGUCAUGAAAGCUUGGCUCAGGUUAAGGUAACCCCACAUACCAAACUGAGCCUUAACGCAGGGAAGGAGAGGCGUGUGGCUUCAGGCUCGGGUUAUGCGGCGGCAAUGGAGCCAAUAACGCCGGAGGAAGAGGAGGAACUGACUCAGAGAAGAGGGAUAUGCGGUGGAGAAGCAAACAAAGGAGUACGGGAACUCUUGGAAUGCCUUGAGAAGGAAGCUAUCAUGGGUGAUGAUGAUGGGAGAGACCCUAGAGAUUACAACAGGAGAGCAAAGAUUUUUGACAAGAGUUCUAAAAUCCUUAAGAACGUCAAAGAACAGAGAGAUCAAUCUCCAGAGUAAGAAUAUUUGUAUGAAUGUCAUUAGUGUUUGAUUCCUUGUAAGUUGUAACUGUAAUGUCACGUAAGUUUGUAAGGAUCCUCUCAUUGUAACGCAACCUUAAUAAUGGAGUUUUUCUUCUGAAUA